GCAGAGAGAAGCUGUCUGUAGCCAGACUCCAGAGGGAGCUAGCUAAAGCUAAGAGUGAAGGCACCAUGAAAGAGACAACGAUGCGGGAGCUGAUGCAAGAGCGUGAGGCCCGCACAUGUCUGGAGAAGCAACUAGAGGGCGCUGUUGCAGAGAAUAAGUCGUGCAAUGCUCAGCUGGAGGCGUUACAGGAGGAGAUCAUACGGUUACGGAGCGCAAGCAGCGUGGAAUCACUGUGUGAUAAUGCAGAGAGUUGUAAACGGUUACAGAAUGGGUUAUCAUCAACUGACACUGGUCUUAGUGAUGUGGAGAGAGAAAACUGUAACGUGGUGGUAUCCAACAAGCAACUUGAAUUGAAGGUCGUAAGUAAGGAGGAGGUUGUGAGAGAGAAGUCUGUUCUUCUGGAGAGACUUCGUCAGCUGGAAUCGGAGAACUCGGCCCUCGUCUUGGAGAAUGAGAACCAGAGAGGUACAUACGACCAGUGCCUUGAUGAGGUUGCCAACCAAGUUGUUCAGGCACUGCUCAUGCAGAAGGAUCUGCGUGACGAGUGCCUGAAGCUCCAUGGUAGAGUGCGAGAUCUGGAAGUUCAGAAUCGGAAUCUAAGGUGCCUCUUUGAUCAGAAUAGGUUCAAACAACCCAUCCCUUCCCCAUUACAGUCUUCUUCUCAUCAGCAAUAUGGUUCUUACAGCAGUACCUCACCUGGCCUGGCAGGUUGUUCAAUACCGGUCCUUACACCCUCAGCCUCGACCCAUUCCUCCCCCUCACCGGCCUCACCUGGUCUCUAUGCACCCUUCACCCAUCCACUGAGGACCAAGCACCAACUAUCAGAGCCUGGUCCUACCGGGUCAACCCCAGAUAGUGGAAAGGACCCACCGCUUAGCCCUCACUUGCUCCAGGGCCAGGCUGUCAAGAAGCUUGACCAUCGUGGUUCCCCCGGUGGUUCCCCCGUAAAGACAUCAGACCAGUCCAAAGAAACCAAUCCUCAAUGUGACAGUUAUCAAAGGCUAGUCAGACAGCAAUACCAGCAAUACCGCCAUCACCAUUCCCAGCAGCAGCUACAGCAACAACGCAUUCUACCUCAGGAGAUCUAUCGGCAGCUAUCGGCUCCGGCAAACUAUCCGGCACCAUCCUCUCCGCGUCAAGCCAUGCAGCAGGGUAGGACACCAGGGCACAGGGGCUUGGAUCAGAUGUUCCCCUUCCUUCCAUACCAGUGUGAAGUGCAAGGGGUGGAGGGUGCAGGCGAGGGGAUGGGUAUGGAAGACUACUCGUGGACCACAAGUCCUCCAGAGGCAUUUCCAUCAUCCAUCGGGCAUUCGUCGUUGCCGAAUACUCCAUUGAGGAUGGGUGUCCACGAUGAGACUUUGAAUGGUAACUUGCCCUUCAGUGGAAGCCUGGGGGCCAGGAUUGCCAAGAUGCAGGUUAUGGGAGAGGAUAGGCUCGGAAGGAACUCGCCACCAGAGGUGCCAGAUGGGCGCAACGGAUAUGUCCUUGGCGAUCAGUACACCAAGCCUUAUGUACAUGCACCGUUCCAUUAUGCUCAAAGUCUUCUCAAGGAGCUACAGGAGAUCAGUGCCAGUGUUAAAAGCUUUGAAAGUCUAACGCUGGAGCCUAAAGCAAAUCACCAGCAGAAAAGAAAAGCUAACGAUGGCCAACCCGUCCUGCAACGUCAGAAACUUGCCAAGAACUUUUCACCGAGUGCUUCCAACGCAAGCAGUGAUUCCCUCAAUAGUGCUACAUCCCCAAGACAUCUAAAUCUAAUGGACAGCACAAGUAGCGUAACAAGCGUAGAGAGCAUGGAAACAACUUUAGAGAGGAUUCCACCAACAGUUCUCUCUCACAGUAGUCCUCUAAGACAAGAACAUCAUCUGCAAUGGAGGCCUGAGUAUGGCGGGAACAAGGUUCCGGAUAGGACCUCUCAAUUCCCUCCUGACACCCCGUCACCACCUACCACAGACAUUGAACCGUCUGAAAGAGACUAUCAACAUUCUAGAUACUUGCGGAGUCGGCAGCACAGUGGCGGUACACAUCAUCCAGAAAGAGAUCAUGAAUUAGACAGCAAUGUGGACGUUGUUAGUUCUGUUGGUAGGGGCAAUGUGAACAAGGCUAUUGAUAGGUAUCAAGAGAAGGUUAAGAAUGGUAGAAGAGACACUGCGCAACUUCCUGCCAAAAAUCAGGUUCCUGCUCUGAGUAUGAGAGACAAGGAUGCCAUUAACGAGGCACAAAGGAACUUACAACUAUCUCAAGAGAAUGAAAUGGCUUGUGGAAGGGUCUCACAUCUACCGGUCAGGGAUGAUGGAAAACAGGGGGCAUAUUCUGUGCAGAAUUCUAGCAUCACACGGUCUAAGUUUGGCGGGAUAACGGCACAGGUGCAGAAGAGCAGUACUGGGUAUUCAGCUGAAAAGACAAAGUCUGAUGAGGAUGUGCUAGAAAGUGUAACAAGCACUGCUCAAGUAAAACCUAAGCUGAGUAGGCAACAAGCAGCUGAGUCUGUGAAUGAGAAUGUAGAGAUGUUGCCAGGAGAGGGCAGCAAGCAUCUUUGUCAGAAAACAGCAGAGAGUCAGCCUGUAAAUAGUCUAGAACUGCCUCAGCUGAGAGACAAUGACCCUAAUGACAUGUCUGAUCCAAUCUGGAAACGCAAGUCACAGAUGGAGGGAUAUAGGUUGGUUGGAAACGAAAAGAGAGGGGAUGGGAAAGUGGAGGUUGAUGAAAGUGAAGAUACAGACUCAAGAGUCGCAUCAUUUAUGACAGCUCCAGAUGGCAAAGUAAAAGAACAAGAUGGAAAGCUUUUAUCAAAAUAUGGAAACAGAACAAAUGGAGAGGUCUCUCCUAAGCAUUUCGCUGGCAAAAUCCAAUCUCCAAAAACGUGCAGAAAGUCAAGUUUACCAUUCCCCAUCCCGUCUGCUCUAACCUUGGCAACGAGUAAGCCAUCUGGAGCGGGUCUGUCGCAGAGUGUGGGAUCAAUUGCUAAAGCAGAUGUUAGUGCGGUGGAUGUGAUGAAAUCAGCGCAGAGUGGAGAGGCAGUGCUGGAGAGACUGGAAACACACAAAGCAGUAAUGAGAGAUGAAAGCAGUACAACAGCGGGAACAAAGGACGAAAGUGCCUCAAAACCAGUACUGUCAACGGGAGAGGUGGAGGCUAGGAGAGAUGAAGGGAGUAAGAGUUCUGUGAAGGUACAGGGAAAUGUAGCGGGAGGAGAGAAGAUAAGGCAACAGAUCCCUGUCAGGACGAGUAGAGAAGCAACAGAGUCUCUUCUUCAGAAGACCAAGAUGCAGUUCAACCGCGGCGAGGUUGGACGAUGCUCUCUGGGGGCCAAGAUGACGCAACUUUCCAAGAUAGGUGCACCAUCUCCUGCAGACCGCCCUCUGGUGUCGCACCAUGCAACAGGACGUGGCCCUCUAGCCGCCAUGGCAACAUCAAGCAAGGCUGUGGAUGUGCCAGUUUUGGACUCAUCGCCACGGUUGCCAGGAAGACGGCAGAUGACACCUGAGCAUCUCAGAAGUGGCAGGGAUGCUAUGGGAGACAUGGUUGAAUUUACUUCUCAGAGCAUCGAGGAGAGGGCAUCAGUCCAGAGCAUGUCAACGGAAUCCCUCCAGUCAGCUAACUCCUUAGGAUCAUCGGCCGACUGGGAUUCACCGAGCAAGAACAGCUCUACCUCCAAGCAGCCCUCUACCCCACUGGGCAACCUGUUAUCCAGCGAUUCAGAAUCAGAGGAGGAGGAGGAGAGUGUUAACUUUGUUGAUAUGUGGAAGGCCAGAUCUACUCCGCCCAUUAAACUACCAGACUGGGAUCCAAAUAAGAGCAUUGAGGAGCAUAGGAAGAGGGUGAGGGAGUCAUUAGAGAGAUCAGAGAGCGCCAGUUCAGCAUCUAGUGAGCAAUGGAUCCUGAGCUAUCCCUUACCAGAAGACCCCUUGACCAGAGGUGGACGGUCAAGCACUACGGCACCAAGCAGCAGGCAAAGCAGUGUGGGCAGUAUGACCAGACAGGACUCUUCCCAUUCUAGAUCAGGGGUGAGCUGCGAUGCGGACAGGAAGAUCCUGCAGGAACUCUUGGAGAAGGAACGGAAAGCCCAGAGCAGGAGCAACAGCAGCGAUAGCAGUCCAGAGGGGAGAAAGGAGAACCAGCAAGUCGAGGGUUCAAACCUCAGUUUAGGUGACAAAUCCAUCAUGUGUGAUUUCAUGUCCAGCAUAAUGGCAGAGGUGAAACUGGAGGAUGCUCGUCCAGGAGGGAAACCAAAAUCCAAAGGGUCGAAGGAUGAUUUGACCCGGCCCAAGAAGCUGAGCAGUCCGUUCAUUAGAUCUCAGAGUAUGAGAGCUCCACCAAAGCCAUCAAGACCAGAAAGGACAAGAAUACCAAGUGGUGGAAACAACAAGGUUAAUACAAAUAUUCCAAAGCCACAAGCUGCCAAUAGCAAGUCUAUUGCAAGUGCCAAGAAAAUGGACACAACUAGUACUAAAUCACCAAAAACUGUUCAGCAGAAUCAUUCAUCAAAUGAAAGCAAAAAGAGUGGAAGUGGGCUGACGAGAACUUUCAUGCCCAAAGCUUUCACAAAAACUGCUAAUAAAGCUGCAUCAGACAGUCCUAAUACAAAUCCCUCACGGUCUGGAGUUGCCAGUCCUGCAGCUUCAGAGAAGCCUGGAGGAAAGACCAAGAAAUCAAAUGUGAAGAAUGGGAAAGGAAAAGGCAAAGGGAAUGAAUGUACUAAGUCAACAGGUGCUAAGGACCCUGAAUCAGGUAACAAGGAGUCCAAGAGUAAAAGUAAAAUACCUCAGUUAAUCAGACAGGGUUUCAAACCAAGUCCAUGGAAAGGGGAUUCAAGUAAGAAAAAGGGCACAUCAAGAAAAGAAAUCGUUGUAGAGUCUCCUAAAACAUCACCAGCAGGGAGCGAAAUGUUGAGGACAGAAACUCCAUCAGAUUCCAACAAGAGUGCUUUCACAGAAGUUUUUUCUCUGACCAAACAAUCAAGCUUCGUUGUAGACAAUGUGCCUUUCAUUGAUGAUUCUUCUAAAAGUCCUAACAAAGAUAACAAUCCAAACCAGACUCCUUCACCAAAUGAUGAGAAGAAUCCUUUCACCAGCCAUUUAGAUCAACGAGGUGAAGCGCUCUGUGGACAGUCUCCUAAGCUGAGUCCUAGGCUUCUUCAGAGACUACGUGCCAGUGGGAUUGAACUUGCGAAUAGCAGCGGUUCUGACAAUGACUCUGUCUUCCUUCCAGAUGAACCGCGUCCUAGUACGCUGCAGGUUGAUCCGGCACUACCAUGUCAGAUGAGUAACGGUAGUGUUACAAGGCACUGUCAACAGACAGAAAGAACAGAGAAUGGUUCGUCCUCAGAACUGCACUUAGAUCAGAAGGAGAUUGAAGACAUCAAGAAUGGACUCCUUGUAAGCGAAUCUGAUGCUCUCAGCAUUGGCAGUUGGAGUGCUAAGUCAAGUGAAUUUGGGCUUAAGAAUUCCUUUUUGUUUGGGAAUGGGGAUUUUGGAAAUGUUGGGACGCCGACCAGCAGAAGCCUUGGUCGAGGAAGCCUCGGGAGAGAAAGCAUCGGGAGAGGAAGUAUGGCGCCUUCUGUGUCGUCCAACCCUGAGGAUGCCACAGGAGGAAGAGCAGCAGAUGACGAGGUGGAUCCCAAGAAGUAUGACGUUCCUCUGGUAUCCACUGACAUGAUGGAGGACUUUGAGGCUGAGGAUUUUUGUGAUGAAGAUGGGAUGAGCAGCGACCGAGAGAAAGAGGCACAACUCACGGAAAAGGAACGGGCCAACCUUCUGGAUUCUCUCUUUGAGAGCGAUGAUAGCGAAGGAGGUCUGGAUGGCUUCUUAGAUGAAUCCAGUGAGUCUCUUCUUGACAGCCAUCCUGAUGAGAAAGAGUUCAUGAAGCUCCUCGGUGAUAAAGGAAUGAAGAGACAAGUGGUACGUCAAUCUGUAUAUUGCCGGGUGUCCCUGAUUCAAAUGGACGUCUUCUCUCUCUACAAUCGCUUUGAUGAUCAGGAGAAGGAGGCCCUUGCUUGCUUCGACUUCCUGGAGGAGAUGUACAUGAACAAUGCUGGUGAGACGCUCUUCACGGACGACCAUCCUUUCUCUGUGAUCAGUCCUGGUGUCAGGAGUGGGAACUCGGAGGGUUAUGGUAGCAGCGGUGGGAUCGGUGAUCAGUUUGGUAGUAGAGGUACCAUGAAGGAGUGCUUUGAUACCGGUCUGAUGCAGGCAGGUGAUACCACUAGUAGUCUCUUUGGAGAUGACCCUUCAGAAGCAACCCUGGUUGGUGAAUCCUUUACAUCCAAAGGCUCCAUAGGAGAUGGGUUACAUGUGAACAGUGAACCCAGCAGCGGAGACUUCAGCGAGCACUUUGAUGGAGAUAGUUUCAGCAGCCGCCACAGCAACAAGGUCUUCGAUGGCUGCUACGCCAUCGGCGACUUCAGCGAUCACCUUGGCAACAGGAGCAACCUCUGCUCCAGUAUGUCCUCCUCAUCAACAGCUAGCUUGUCUUCCCAUGAAUAAUCUGAGAUAUCUCAGCUUUUUUGCACUUCACUCCAUUUUUAUCCCCAAACUUGCUUGCCCCGAAUAUGAGCCUCCAUUUUUAUAUACCAUUUGUAAGUUUGAUAAACCUCCCUACCCUAUGUUUUACCUUUGCAAUUUGUAAAGUUCUUUUUAUACCUUUUGUAAACUGUAUCAACAUUUGAAUAUCAUUGGAAGUAAUCAUUGUGAUGUCAUUCAAAUCAUAAUUGUUCAAUCUCGUUUUUAUCAAUUGACUAUCACUGGCAUCAGUUGAUUGUUUUCAUAUUACUUGUUAGAUUGUCUGACCAUUGUUAAUUUUUUUUCUUCCCAUUAUUAUGUGUGAUGGGAAACUUGAAGUAUGUACAUUAUCAUUAUGCAACAGAGAAUCUAAGAAUGAUUUGAAUACUUUUUUAUUGCUCAGUCACCUAAAGUUAUUUUGGUCACAGGUAGGGAUAUUGAUAAGGGAUAAUGAACUUCAUGUUCAGAAAUAGGUUAGUGCAAUUUGUGAAGGUAUUUUUGAACAAACCAAAUGGAUUUAGACAAUUUAAGAAAUUUUCUAAACAAGUAAAAGCAUUAGCAGUUUCUCCACAAAUAGUUUCCAAAAUUUGGUGAAACCUUCAUGUUAGUCGAGAUCAAUGUAGAUAUCUCUUUACUAUUGGCAAUUAAGUAGCUGACAUGUUUUAGAGAAACCAGUGAAUGAAUUUAAGUAAAGGUAGUUAUUUCAUUAUGGAUGAAGAAUUGGCUUCAUGAUACUUCUCAGUUAGUAUGAUUUGGCAAACGUUAAAGUGUGGGACAAGAAAUUAUUUUGUAUGAUCUUACCAUGUGCAUCGGACAAGUUCAAGCAAGCAGUCAUCUAAUCAUCAAGUCAUUAUUCUUUCUGUAUGUGACAACUACCUCAUGAUAUGUUUCAAAGUGCCACACUCACAAUCACAGAAUACAGUCUUGCAAAAAAAUUGGCAUCUGACUUUCAUGCUGAACUUGUAGAUCUUUGGCGUUGCCAAUUUGAACUUAAUGUUUUUCUUUUAUCGAUAGGGACAAUCUUAGAGUAUAGUCAGUAAUGAUAUUGGAGCAUCACGGUAGCAUUAUUGUAUGGUUUUUCUCGUUGUUUUAUGUUAACUUUGAAGUGAAUAUGUGUCCUAGGAUUAGUGCAAUAUCUGUUUAGAGUUUGAUGAUGUCAUCAUGUGCUACUGAGUUAAUCUUUAACUUGAUCAUGUUUAAUCUCUUGUUUUUCAGAGUCCCAACACUGUACAUGUAUCGUGCCUAUGUUUAUUUUUCAGGUAUCUCUUCAAGGGUGGUUGCAGAGAUAAAGAUAUGGGGUGGAGAUUGCCAGAAAAUGACUUAAAUUUGGAAAUAAUUACCCUGUAUUAAACACCAAGCAAGGAUAUCUAAAGACUUUUAUAGAUUCUUCUCAAACCCAAUGAUGAUAACACGAUACCACAGGUCCUUCAUGUAAUAUGGCUUUUAAUAUAAAUGAUGUGUUGGCUUAGUUAUAUAGAGUUUCCAUGAACAUACCAAAAUAUGUAAGGAUGGGGGUUUUCUUUCUCCUAUCAUCUGAUUUUAGCCAUUAAAGAAAAACUACUUCAUAAUUUUACAAUUUUUGGACAUAUCUGUUGACUAAUAUGUGGGAUUCUGAGUCAACUGAUCAAUACUGGUGACACAUUAAGGUAUGAGGUAUAAGCUUGAACCAAAGUAAACUCAUGAAUCUCCGGAACCAAAAAUGUAUAAUUUUUGUCAAGUAUUAUGAAUCACACAGUAUCUAUACCGUACACUCUCCAGUUUGGACUGCAUGUCACAAUGGUUUGGGAGUCUCGAGUCUCUGCAACACACUCGUAAGAUUGAUUUCUAUGCACUGAUCACUGAUGUCUGUCAAUCCUCAUUUAAUUUUGAUUUUUAAAGCCAGUCUGUACAGACUCACUCAGGGACGUUCUACUGCAUUACAUGUGCCAUCGGGAAAUGGCGAUUUUUAAGUUUACGGCAUUGACUUUCAAACUUUGUUGUUUGUUUUUCAUUUACUUAUUCAUACAUUGCCCUUAAGAUGGUUUGAAAAAAAUAAGUUUGACAGUUUUGCCUUCUGGAUUUGGGUUUGUUGAAGUUUAUAUAUUGCUUGGUGCUAAAUUCUGCAGUUUAAAUAUUUGAAGAUGUCUAAUUGACCAAUUUUAUUCUCAGUAAACUGCUGUUGCGAAGGGUACAAUUUAUUUUUGUGGGGCUGACUCUGAAUAUUUGAUGUUUAGAUUUCAAGUUCAUUUUGAAGGGGUCAUUAAGAGCUUCAUUUUCGGUCAACAAAUUGGAACUAAUUGUUCAGAAGUGGAGGUUUGUUAUGUUCUAGUUUGAGCAACUUGUUUAAAAAUUCACAAGGUAUGAAUUAGAAAAUACUGUCUUGUACGGAAAGGAGAUAUAGGAAGAUGUAACAAAUAUGUCAGAUUCUGCCUAAAAUCUGGACAUAUUUCCUAAAUACUGCAAUGAUAUUUGCAUAAAAUGCAAUCUAAGAUAAUCAUUAUUCAAAACAUAAUAUCAAAGUGGAGACCAUUCUAAAAGAAUAUAAGUGAUUGAACGUACGGUUUCUGUGUAUAGAAAGAGAAAAGAAUUGUAAAAAAAAUAGAUAAUAUAUGUCAAAUCAGCAUGUUUAUGUAUUCAUAUUUAUGUACAUUAGAUGAAAUAUUCAUUAGUUCCACCAGUGUAGUGGAAACUAUAUUUUCCUUAAAUAAAAAUAAAGAAACUAAAAUUGAAAUCAUGAAUCUUAUGAUCAAAACUACUCUAAAAUAGAAGUAGUUUGCAGAGCAAGAAUCUGAUAUUUUUCAGUUAAUUUGCAUCUCCAUUUGAAUUGUGAUUUUCUGUUGUGGAAGUCCUUUUUAAUUUAGUGAUUUUUUAUUAUCAUGUCUGAAAUAAUUUAAUGUAUAGGACUGACACAAUUUAUUGUCGGUUCAACGAUUUUCAAUUACAAUGGUUUGAAUGUUUUUAAGUUAUUCAUUGUUUUUAAGACUUCAUUUAUGCAUAUUUCUGUUGUGAGCUUAUGUUGUUAAUUCAGCAUUUGUUUUUUUGUAAUUGUUGAAAUCAUGUGGGCCCAAGAAAUGGACCAAUUUCACACAAAAUAUAUCAUGAAACAAAAUCAA